CACACGCAGGCUCCACUUCCGGUUCCCAGGCGAGCCUGGGAGGCGCCCUGGAGUUGCGGCUGCGGGGAAGGAGAUUUAAGUCGCCUCCCCAUCAAGAACAGAACUGGCCGCCAGGCAGGGAUUAUUUCACAACUUCUUUGGAAAGUCAGCUGAGUGGAGAUGGAAGAGGAGCCCAACUCUGUAAAUCCUGAGACAGGAAAGAGACCCAGAGUCCCUCAGGCGGGGAGCAAAGGGGAGUUCUGGGAAAGAACUGUUCCCAAAUUCCUGGGAAAGGACAACUGGUUAGACAUCAAGUGCCAGUGCUUCAAAGACUUUUGCUACUGGGAGGGUGAAGGACCUCGGGAGAUCUGCAGUCACCUUCACCAGUUUUAUCGACAGUGGCUGAAGCCAGAAAAAAACACCAAAGCUCAGAUGCUGGACCUCAUGAUCCUGAAGCAGUUUCUUGCCAUCCUGCCCCCCGAGAUUGGGACCUGGAUCAAGGAAUGUGGAGCAGAGACCACUUCCCAGGCAGUGGCUCUGGCAGAAGGUUUCCUCUUGAGCCAGGCUGAAGACAAGAAACAGAUGCAAUGGAUGUUAGCCAAAGCACCCACUGAGCUUCCCAAAGCAGACAAAGCUCCGUUGGAUGUCAUGGAAAAGCCGUUGUGGAGAGGAAUUGUGCGGGAGGAAGGUGGAGAAGCCGCCUCAUUGGGUAGCAAAGCCCGUCUGGAAUUCCAUUCUAUGCCUACUACUGGAGCAGUUGAAACGGUUGCUAUCCACCUUGAUCUGGGUACAGUAUCCUUCCAAGAGGUGGCUGUGGAUUUUUCAGAAGAGGAAUGGGCUCUUUUGGAUCCUUCCCAAAAAGCUUUGUAUAGAGAAAUCAUGGAGGAGAAUUAUUUGAUGGUAUCCUCUCUGGCUCCCAGACGUACGACUCAAGGGGACCACUUACUGCUAUCUCCAGGGGCAGAAGAAGUGAAAGCGAAGCAUGGAUGGAAGAUGCUGCCUAAUUCAGGUGCAAGGUCACGUGAACCAGUAUUAGGAGGACAGCCUUACACCGUAGGACCUUCGGUUUCCAAGGAUCGAGAUGCACGUGUAAUGCGGGAAGAGGAUGCCUUGUCAUCAGCCAGUAGACCGUCAAGGCGAACAAGGAAGAGAAGAAUUGAUCGGGUGCUGAUCAUGAUUGAUAGCAUACUUCAAGACUCAAGGAAGGAGCAGGAAGUCUUUGCUCAGGAGCUGGAAGCAGACCGGGAGCACAACGAUGCCUUCUUCCAAACGAUGGAGAACAAUGCAAGAGAACGUUCACUUGAACGCCAGAAGCUUGCCCAGCUAACCAGGACUGUUCUCCAGUCGCUUCAACUGCUUAAUGAAAGACUGAGGAAUCUCCUUCAUGCAGACCGCUUGCCGUCAUCUGUGGUAGACAUGCCACAUGAAGAUCGUAAUCACCAGCAAAGAGCAAACCAGACUCUUUGCAACCACUUUAGGUCUGCUAGGGGCCUAUCUGGCAAGAUACCGCUUGAGCAGGCUGGUCAUACCUGACCAUUUGGGAACAUCCAGCAGAAAUAAUUUUGUAAUCGGUCCCACCAAGGCACAGAAGGUCACUGUCUAGGACUUGACUCAAUCAUUGGCUCCAGCUUCCUCCUCUAAGUCAGGGAAGCAGCAUAGCUCAAAGUGAGCUGGCUCAAAGGGAACAAGGUGCCUUGUUCUGUCAUCUGCUGGCCAAGGACCAUGAACUUAGGUAGUCUGCAUCAUCCCAAUAAUACUCCCCCUUCGAUGGCAUGUAAGCUUAUGCCUCUCCAUGAGGAUGUCAUGCUGACAGUAGUAAAUACUCAUCACCCAAUAUACAUGAGCACAUGAUGCAGCACCUGUCACCCAUGCUCUCCAACUCUAGUUCAAUUAUUCAAGGGAGUGUUCAUUAUUACCGCUUACGCAUAGUCUGGGUGCAUGCAACUAAAAGGCUCAGUCUUUUUUUUUGUCAGUCUCUGGUUGAAAUAGCACUUCAAAAGAAGCAUAAAAACUCUACCAAUUGACCCAAGGGAACUGCCUGAUGGGCCACCAACCAACCCUCCUGAAGGAGGUCCACUGGACAGGGACCAGCAGUGUCAAACAUUGGAAGGGAAAACUGACAGUUCCUGCAGUGAGGUCAUGGCAAGUUGUGUUUUUAUAUGCAGUAGGCAACAUGGUACCACCACCAAACAACACAGCGGCUGUCUGGUGCUUCAGUAGUGGAUAUAUGGAGGUGCUGUGAUGCUUCCUUAUCAUCUUUUCUAUAGCAACCCACCACAAACUGCUGCUGUCUCAGCACCAGCCCACCUCCAUCCAAAGCACCAUAAUCCCAUGCAUGAAGGUAUCUCUCACAAAUAAUGGGACAGACCAAGGACGACUGGGUCCUCAUGUAUGAACCAUGCUGUAGGAAGAAGUUCCAGCUCCUGACAGUGAUUGCGGCAAUGUCCUGAUCAAAAUGCACACACAGCCAGAAUGUUUCCCUGGUCCUGCGUUGCCAAAUACCUCGGACUCAUCUGACAAUCCAGAGGAUGACACAAAGCAGGAUGUAGGUAUGAUCUGUAGUGGCCAUUGGGAAUUUUGGUCUUGUGUGGGCCUCUUGUGUCCACUCAGGGAAAUCAUGUCAGGAUUUCCUGAAGCAUAAUAUGUUCCCCCCACCCUCUGGUCUUCUUUAGCUCCACUCGAGUGACAAUUCACGUACUUCGGCCUUCCUAGAUUUUGGCCUGUAAGUACCCAUCCGUGCAGCUUGCUAUUACAGAGGUUGCAAUACCAGUUUUCAUACCACCAGCAUUACAUUUCUG